GUUACCCAGUAAACUAGUAGCUAGCGGUGUAAUUAAAUGGUGAAAUUGGGGAAUCCGUCCUCAUUACUAAAACGCAUGUCAAAAGUUUAGGAUUCAUCCACAUAAUUCAUUUGGCAACAAAACUGCAAACGGCUCACCUGGCUAAGUAUCACCAGAACCCCAUCCAUCUCCUCUGGAGUCUAGAUACCACGCCAUGUCCCACAAGCAGAUUUACUACUCCGAUAAAUAUGACGACGAAAAAUUCGAAUACAGACAUGUCAUGCUACCCAAGGACAUCGCUAAACGGGUACCGAAGACGCAUCUAAUGUCCGAGACAGAAUGGCGGAAUUUAGGCGUUCAGCAGAGCCAAGGAUGGGUGCAUUAUAUGAUUCACCAACCAGAGCCUCACAUCUUGCUGUUCCGUCGCCCUCUCCCUGCACCCAAGUCCCAGUGAUGGAAGGCAGAAGUUAAAAAAGGUUAUGAGAAAAAUGGUAGACACCAGAUAUGAUUUGAUGUGGCUUCUAUCAGAAUUACUUUUAAGUUGAUACAUUUAGUUUGAAAUGAAACUUAUAUGAAACUGUUUCCAUGCUGUAAUUCUUGACUGGCUGUUCCAUAAUUUUUGUGUAUUUUAUUUAUUGUAAUUACAUUAGGCAGCAUUUUCAAGGUGCACAGCAUCGGUUCAGAAGGGGCAUGUCUGAGAGCCUGUAUUUUAAAAAGCUUUUUAGGAAUUUGAAGAAUUUGAGAAUAAAAUGUCAUUUUGCAGUUAUGGAACAUCCAUUUUUAAUCCUGCAGUUUUGCAGUUGCUUACCUUGAUCUAAAAUUAGUCCUUUUAGUAGGAGAGUAAUAGCAUGAGCAUUUCCAUUGUCAAGACAACAUUGUCUCAAGUCAUGUACUUCCUAAAUAUCAUAUCAUUAUGAAACACUGCAGACAUACCCACUGUUUUUACUAGUAUUUUUUUACCCUUAAAUGUUUUACAUUUUUCUUACUACUGUGAAUGCUACCCACCACACGCUCAACUUUUAUGACUUUACACUUGGGAAAUAAAUGUUUAUAUCAUUGUAUUGUGAAAUUAGUUGCAUUGUAAGUUUCAACAUAUGAAUGUAUGAAAUUCUGUUACUUAAAAGAUUUUUU